AUGCAACAACCUCUUGUGAGACGGAAAUGAAAUCAAUCGAUUGCUAGCAUGUAGCCUGUAAUUUUGACUCAUUAUAGUUUAAUUUCAUAGAGAGGCGACACGAUGGAAAUUCCAGAAGAAGAAGCAUGGCUGUAAAUAAUAAAUGAAGGCGAAGUAUCUUGGAAUGCUUCCACGAAGUUUUCGCUCAGACGCUUAUCGACGGCCAACAUGGACGUGUUCGAGAAACAAUACAACAACUAUCGUAUCGUAUCGUGUAUGGUAGGACUUUGGCCUUACCAUAAGACGAUUUAUGUAACGAUUAAAAGGAUAUUCAUAUGUAUCAUUUUGUUCGCCAAUGUAGUAUUCGAGAUAGUGUCACUUUCAAAUUCUGAAAUUACGUUACGAAGCUGCAUUGUAACACUGUCUACGACCAUUCCUUUCCUAAUAUUUUUCUUACGAUAUGUCAAUUGUGUAAUAUUAUCUUCAAAUGGGCAUGUUCCACGGGAAUUGUAACUUUUACAACAUAUUUAAUGAGUCCGAUAAUAUUAGACAUAAUUAUACCUCUGAACGAAUCUCGAACUCGUUUAAUUAAGUAUCUCACGAAUUUCUCUCACGAUCAAACGAUAUACCUUGAUAUGGUUUCUUUGAACUUUGUGGUUGCUGUUGCGGUUGGAUUGUUGUGUAUUGCCUGUACAGAAUCGUUUCUCAAUAUUUUUGCUCACUACUUAUCCGGAUUAUUCAAAAUUACUGGGUGUGAGUAUCGAUUACGAAAAGCAAUUACGAAUCUAUCUAAACCAAGUUCAGUAUCGCAGCAAGUUGAACUGAAUCUUUUGGAUUUUCACCAAGCCAUUGAUAUUCACAACAAAGCGAUCGUGUUGUUUUCUAAAUCAGUAACGCCUAUAAAUGAUGGAUUGGAAAUUCUCACUAGUGUUGCGAUUGUUAUUCUUCAUUUGAUCAUCAUGCUCCUAGAUAACUAUAGCGGACAACUAAUAAUAAAUAAUAGUGAAAACAUAUUUUACGAAUCAUACGACACUACAUGGUACUAUAUUCCAUUGAAAGCGCAAAAACUAUUACUCUUCGUUAUGUUGAGAAGUUUGAAGGAAUGUGAAUUUAAUCUUUCCGGUUUAUUCGUUCCGUGUUACGAAGGUUUAUCGGCGUCCAUCCUAGACAACUUGGAGAAAAAAUCGAAUUCGAUUGGCUGCAGCCAAUUACAAAUUUUCCGAAAGGACUGCAAAAAAACAAUGUCGCCCUCUCGUCGUCGAAUGAUCUCGAUGCAAGAAUUAGAAUCACGGUUCAGUUGGUAAGCAAGAACCCGAGUGAAAUUCAUUCAGGAUAAACAAACGGUUUAAUAAAACGGAGAUAGAUAAAGCAUUUUGGGAGGAAUUUAUAAAUCCACUAUGUGCAGGUUUGAUGGUAUUAUUAUGUUUGCCAUCUAUUACUCCACAGCAUGUAUCAAAAUUUCAUCGUUGUUUAAAUUCUGCAGCAAUUACUCUCCAUUCUUCUUCAUUUCUAAAAAACUAAAAAAAUAAUUCAAUACCCAAAAUAAGGAAAAAUGAACUGGAUACUAUUUCUAAAUGUGUAUUAAAUUUUUUAUUUUAGAAAACACAAGAUAUUACGGAAAAUACAGAAAAUACAGAAUCAGUUUUAGAUAGUAAUGUACAAAAAAGGAAAGAAAAGAAAAAAUAUUGAAAUCUGAUAAUUUUUAUAAUCACAAGGUUCAUUUGUCUUUAGCUCUUUUGAUAACGCAAAAUUGGAAAAACCAUUUCUAGGAAUUAACCAUCUUUUUGGCCAUUUCUUUUUAGUAUUUAAUUUUUUAUUUUUUAAUAAAAAAGUUAUAA